GGGGGGAGGAGAUGAGGGAGACGGAGGCGCAGUUGGAGGUUAUUAGGAUUCAGGGACUUGUGCAUAAGCAUGUCCGCGGUGCGGUGAAGGGGGCGAUUGAUGAUACAGCUGAGCGACAGCUUGCGCUCGAGGUUUAUGAUAACCCUUCUCUCCGCGGGAAAACGGCGUUGGCUACGGUGCUGCAUGAGAAGCUAGGCUGGCUGCUUGAGCAUAAGGCGAUGGGGGCGUUGGAUGUGGUGGAUCUGUUGACGCUCCUCGGUCCGGAUAGUAGGGGGAGGGAGGGGGGUGUUGGGGGGGGAGGAGUUCCAUUAUGCGCUUUUGGCGCUGAAUGCUGCUGGACCGACGGAGGGGGAGGAGUUGAAGUUGGCGGAGCAGGGCGUGUGGAGGAGGUGUAUGUUGAGGAUGAUUGGGCGGCGAUUAAUGAUACGGAUGCGAAGAGUGAUGAGGAGGUUAGGUGGAGGCCUCUUCGAAACCCCCUCCCGCCUCCGCAUCUACACCCCCUCCUCCCUCUCCACCACCACCCCACCCUCGACACGCGCUACAGCUCCCUCGACUCCGGCGUUCGCGCCCCCCUCCUCUCUGACCUCUCUUCUGAGGACAGCACUUUACGCAAUUACAUGACCCACGCACGACUGGGGAAAUGGUUCGAAGGCGCCCUGGAUUUGGCGAAGCGGAGUGUGGAAGAGGAGAAGAGGGGAGAAGGAGGAGGGAGAGAGGGGGUUGAGGGAUGUGGCGGAGAGGUUGAGGGAGAUUGA